AUGGCUUCUUCAGUGACUUCCUCCUCAUCUUCUGGUGCUAAGAACCAGGUUUCAGGUGACGAUACUCACCUAGAAUCUCGUGCAUGGAGGCUCCGCAAAUGGCUCUUCUCCUCCGAUCCUAUCGAGCAACAGCGUAAUGACGUCUCCAGUGAAACCACUGCCAAAGAGGAAAUUUCUGAUAUUGCCAAGGAAGUCGACAAUGAUACCUCAUCUGCUGAAACCGAAUAUGAGUUUAACGCCGACGACAUCAAGGAAGUGGUAAUGGUUGAUGAUGUCACCGACAUGCCUGCCAACACCUUGAGAAUGUGGGUGUUGGCUGUUGUGUUGAGUUCUGUCAUUGCUGGUGUCGAUGCUUUCUUCACCUUGCGUUUCCCUUCCAUUGCAAUUGGUGGUAUUGUAGCCCAGCUUCUCGCAUACCCACUUGGUACCUUGUGGCACAAGAUUGUUCCUGACUUCAGAAUUGGAACAAAGUCAUUCGGAGUCUCAUUGAACCCGGGCCCAUUCAACAUCAAGGAACACACCUUGAUCUUCAUGUUUGCCAACACCGUGACUUCCACCAGACUUGUGAACAUCACGAUUGCUGAACAGCUCAAGUUCUUCAACUUCAACUACGGUGUGGGAAGAGCUAUUCUUUUCAACGUUGCAUCUUUCAUGAUUUCUUGGUGCUGGUGUGGUCUUUCCAUCCCAAUCUUGGUCGACAACCCCGAUGUGGUCUGGCCUGGUAUUUUGUCUUCGUGUGCUUUGAUGAAGACCUUGCACUCUGAUGAAAAUCCAUACGUUCCAAACUGGAAGAUCUCUCGUCUUCAAUACUUUUCUGUGAUUUUCGUCUUGUCAUUCGUGUGGUACUUCUUCUCCGAUUUCAUCUUCCCAUUCAUUGCCAACAUCGGUGCUUUCCUUACCUGGGCCGUGCCAACCAACGCUGUGGUGGGCCAGGUUUUCGGUACUCUGAACGGUCUUGCUCUUUUACCAAUUUCGUUUGAUUGGUCUACUAUCUCUAACAUUUCCAACCCAUUGACUGUGCCAUACGUCUACGGAAUGUCUAUUUUCGCUUCCUUUGUUUUCUGGGUCUGGAUUGUCAUCCCAGGUCUCUACUACAGAAACCACUGGCAGACUGCCCACUUCCCAAUCAUGACCAAUGCCAUUUUCAACACCAACGGUACCUCAUACCUUCCAGCCAAGGUCGUCAACAAGAAGUACGAACUUGACAUCGCAAAGUUUAAGAAGUACUCUCCAGUCAUGCUUCCAAUUGGUUUCCUCAUGACCACUGCCUUGUCUCUUGCCGCUUUCUCGUCCAUGGUAGUGAUGAUCAUCUACAAUUUCAAGGACUCUGUCAUUCAACCAUUGCAGAGAGUCAAGGUCGACAUCCACUCUCAGCUUAUUCUGAAGUACAGAAGAGUGCCAGCCAUUUUCUACUUUGUUUCGGGUCUUAUUGGUUUGGCUCUCGGUAUUUUGUUUGUCGAGGGAUGGAACAGAGAAACUCAGCUUGAUGUCGGUGGAUUCAUUGUUGCUCUCGUGUUGGGUGGUCUUCUUUACAUUCCUUUGUGUCUUAUUGAAGCCAAGAGUACUGUUGUCAUUAGUUUGCAGGCUUUCUUCAACUUGGUCGGUGCCUUCUGGUUCCACGGUAAGCCAAUGGCUGUCAUGUACUUCAUGAUGUUCGGUUUCGGUACCCUUCAGCACGCUGAGCACAUGUCGCAGGGUGCCAAGUUGGGUCACUACCUUAAGACUCCUCCAGUGGUGACCAUGCUUGUUCUUUUCGCUGCUGGUAUUUGGGCUUCUCUUCUUAAUGCCGGUGUAACUGUCUUCUUGUUGAAUCACAUCUCUGAUGUUUGUCAGACUGAUGCUAAGAACAACAUGACAUGUAGAACCCAGAGAACUUCCUUCAACCAACAUUUGGUUUGGGGUUUGUUCGGUGACCAUAUUUUCGCUGCUGGUGGAAGAUACUCUUUCAUUCUUUGGUUCUUCUUGGUUGGUGCUGUUGUCGCCCUUGGUGUCAUUGCCCUUAAGAAAUUCUACCCUCAAAACAAGGUUGUCCAGUGCCUUAACCCAACAUUGCUUGUCAGUGGUGCUGGUAAGAUCCCAACCUCCACUGGUCUCCAGUAUGGCUCGUGGUUCGCUGUGAUCCUUGGUUUCAACUACUUUAUUCACAAGUACAAGAAUGCUUGGUGGAGAAAGUAUAACUUGGUCACGGCCGUUGGUCUUGACUGCGGUGUCGCUAUCGCCGGUAUUCUCGUUUUCUUCUGUAUUACCUACACUGGUGCUGGUGAUCAUUACAGCUGGUGGGCCACCAAUGUGGUCAACACUGGUUGUGAUGCCAAUGCCUGUGCCUACUUGCCUAAGAAGACUAUCAAGCACCCAAGUGGAUGGUAA